AUGGCAGAAUCAAGUGGUUUUUUGACCACUCUGUCGACAUCAGCCCAGGACUUUCUACAGCCGCCGUCGACGCUUCAUCUCGACAGUCUAUCCUACCUUAAAUCAAUCCUCGACCCGCUGGCCAGCAAUGUCGCCGCUGCUCAGACGUUUCGGAGGGAUGAGAGCAGGAAGAAAAGAAAACGAGGCGAUGUUGAGCGGGAGGAGGGAGUCCUGCAACUACGCCAGGUCUACACAAACGGUCUCGGGGUCAAGCAAGUGUGGGAGCAGGCGAGAAGAAUCCUAGAUGCUACAUGCACAGAGAUUGAGAGGGAUAUUGCCAUCCAGAGAGCUCGACGUCAGACGAAAACAGAAGCGCAGGUUGCUUCGGACGACCAGGAGGAUGAUGCCGCGAGCCUCUCCGAGGAAGAGAUUGAUGACACAGAGUACAGCGACUUAGGAAGUGGCCUACCCAAUGACGACGCUGUUUACGAGGACGAGGCUGCUGAGGACGACCGAGAUCUUGAAGAAAUGGAAGACAUCGAGGACGAUGAUUCUGAUAGAUCCGAGGCGGAUGAGCAAGACCCUGCGACAUAUGUCGAAGACCCCAACCAUCUCAAUGAUGGCUUCUUCUCCAUCGACGAAUUCAACAGGCAAACGCAAUUUCUCGAGCAGAAAGAUGCGCGUGGCGAGGACGACAACCCGAGCGAUGAGGACGAUAUUGACUGGGAUGCAGACCCUUUGACCAUGCCUUUCCACCGAACGAAGGCCAACGCUGGUGAGAAGAACAAGGAGGCGGACGCCGGCCAUGAAUCGUCGGACGAGGAAGAUGGCCCGACCUUUGAAGAUGCAGAUCUGAACGCAGACGACAGCGACGAAGACAUGAUGGAGCAAGAAGAGGGCGCUCUAGAGGACGGCUUGCCCGGUCUUGAUAAUACAAACGAAAUACGAUACGCCGACUUCUUUGCCCCUCCACCAAAGAAACAGUCAAAGACCAAGCGGAUGAGGGCGCUGCCGAAAACACAGCCCAAAUCUCAACCGCAGCCAGAAGACGAUGACAUUGAAAAUAGUCUUCAACGAGCAAUGGCUGAUGUCCGACGUGACCUGCUCGAGUCGGAUGAGGAAGACUCCGGUCUUGACUCUGGAUCUGACGCGAACGACAUGAGAUCAUCAGGCAGAAACAUGUCUACACACGAGAAGCAGCGCGCUGCAAUUGCCGCCGAAAUCCGCCGCCUCGAAGCUGCCAGCGUGGCAAAGAGAGACUGGACGCUUUCAGGCGAGGCACGUGCGGCUGAUCGACUUCCGAACUCCCUGAUUGAGGAGGACAUGGAGUUCGAACGCGUCGGUAAACCUGUACCGGUGAUCACCGCCGAGGUCUCGGAAGAAAUCGAGCAGUUGAUCAAGAGACGGAUCCUGGCCCGCGAGUUUGACGAGGUCAUUCGCCGUCACCCGGAUGCCGCUAGUGGCGCGGGCGAGGCUCGUCGAGGCCGGAUAGACCUAGAUGACACGAAGCCUCAGUCCAGUCUCGCGGGGAUCUACGAGCAGGAGCAUCUGAAAGCGACUGAUCCUGGCUACGUCGACAAACGAUCAGCCGCGACCAAAAAGCAGCACGAAGAAAUCUCAAGGUUGUGGAAAGAGGUAUCAGGUCAACUAGACCUCCUCAGUAAUCUGCACUUCAAGCCUAAACGGGCGGAAGCCGAGAUCAAGGCUGUGGAAGACAAACCCACCAUCAGCAUGGAGGAUGCGAGGCCCGUUGGGGCUGGCGUCAAUGCUGAGGAGAGUAUGCUUGCACCACAAGAAGUGUAUCGACCGGGUGAGGAGAAGAGGAAUGGUAAUGUGAUUGUCCGCAAAAGCGGCGCAAGUAUGAGCAAGGAAGAGAUGACACGAGAAGACAAACUGCGGCGGAGGAGGAGAGAGAAAGAGCGUAUGAAGAAAGCCCAAGGCGGUGCGCCGGGGACGGGCCCAGCUCACAGCGUCGGUAAUGGAGCAUCCAAGAAGGCGAAGGCCAAGACCAAGGAGCAAGAGAAGUCGGACAUCCUGUCUGAGCUGCGCAAGGGCAACGUCAAGGUUGUGGGCAAGAAGGGCGAGCUGCAGGACUUGGAUGGGAAGAAAGGCAAAGGAGCCACCAGUGCUGGUGUGGUAGGCGGCGGUGCCUAUAAACUGUAG